AUGGUGGUCGGCCAGCGGAAGCCAAUCUUCAAGAUUCGAUCCUCUGAUGGACAAAUCUUCGUCAUUCAAGACUGGCUCAUCCAAAAAUCCAAGAGCUUCUCAGUCGUCUACCCAUUCAUGAAGGAUUCCGCACAACCCCUUCAAACCACUGUCUCUAGUUUUAUCCUCGAGAAAAUCAUUGAAUGGUGCCAUCAUCAUCGUCACGACGACGCCGACCAAGACUACCGGCUCAUUCCUGUCUGGGACGCGCAAUUCCUCAACGACAACAAUGGAAUUGUGUUCCUUCUGAUUGAAGCGGCGUACCGUUUGGAAAUCCGAGGACUCCUCGACAUCGCCUGCAGAGCGGUGUCAAUCACCCUUGGAAGAAGUAUGAAUGAAGUCAAAGUGAUGCUGCGCGUUGGUGAACCAGAAGAUGUAUUCAAUGUGGAUGACGAGUUGAGAGAAGACGACGAGGAGGAUGCUGACAUGAUUCCAGCGAUUCCAGCCGCCUGA